GGAUCAGCUCCUUUUGGGAUCAGCUCCUUUCAGGCCGCGCCGGUGGCACCAUGAGGGCCGUGCUCUGGGACCUGCUGCUGCUGUGCCUCUUCGCCCGCGCGCGCGGCGACUGCCGCGGCGACUGCCUGCACUGCGACCGCCAGCUCUACCGCGACAGCUUCGACGUCCUCAUCUGCAUCCUGGAGUGCGAAGGCCAAGCGGUGCCCAGGGCCACCUGGGAGCUGUGCGCGGCCACCGCCGGCCGAGCCGCGCCGCGGCCGCGCCGCCUGGACGCCGAGAGGGCCGCGCCGGGCGCCUUCCCGCAGCCUCGCCGGGAGGAGGAGGAGGAGGAAGAGCGGGAGGACAUUUCCCGGCGGCUGGGAGCGGGCCGGGCGGCCAAGGGGGUGCAGAAGCGGUACGGGGGCUUCAUCGGGGUGCGCAAGUCGGCGCGGAAGUGGAACAACCAGAAGAGGUUUAGCGAGUUCCUGAAGCAGUACCUGGGCAUGGCGCCGCGCUCCAGUGAGUACGGCCCGGGCGGCGCCGGCCGGAACAACGAGAUCUGAGCGGGAUCUGAGCCACCCUCCACCCCGCCCGCCACAUCCCAUGGGUGCCAUCCCACACGGGGGCCAUCACCGAGAGGAACCGCGCGGCAACGGCGCGGGAACGGCAGCGCCGAGGCCGGGGAGGGACGCGGGGGCCACGCGGGAAGGGACGGCCAGGGAGA